AUGAUUUAUCAAGGAACGAUUUAUCCAGGAACGGAUGGCACCCGACCAUCCUUCCUCAACUGGCCAAGCAACAUCAACGGGACCGUCCCCUUCGGUAGCAGCCCAACUACCGUCAGCUGGACCGAGCCCAUUGGUUUUGCCAGCGUUGCGGCCCCACAGAGCUCUGGAUCUUUCUUUGCCGUGGAAUACACUAACAUGGUGUACACCGCCACAGACCCAAGCGGCAACUUCGAAAGCUGCUCUUUCUCUGUCACCGUCACAGGAACGAUUUAUCCAGGAACGGAUGGCACCCGACCAUCCUUCCUCAACUGGCCAAGCAACAUCGACGGGACUGUCCCCUUCGGUAGCAGCCCAACUACCGUCAGCUGGACCGAGCCCAUUCGUGUAGCCAGCAUUGCGGCCCCACAGAGCUCUGGAUCUUUCUUUGCCAUGGAAUACACUAACAUGGUGUACACCGACACAGACCCAAGCGGCAACUUCGAAAGCUGCUCUUUCUCUGUCACCGUCACAGGAACAAUUUAUCCAGGAACGGAUGGCACCCGACCAUCCUUCUUCAACUGGCCAAGCAACAUCAACGGGACCGUCCCCUUCGGUAGCAGCCCAACUACCAUCAGCUGGACCGAGCCCAUUGGUGUAGCCAGCGUUGCGGCCCCACAGAGCUCUGGAUCUUUCUUUGCCGUGGAAUACACUAACAUGGUGUACACCGCCACAGACCCAAGCGGCAACUUCGAAAGCUGCUCUUUCUCUGUCACCGUCACAGGAACGAUUUAUCCAGGAACGGAUGGCACCCGACCAUCCUUCCUCAACUGGCCAAGCAACAUCGACGGGACCGUCCCCUUCAGUAGCAGCCCAACUACCGUCAGCUGGACCGAGCCCAUUGGUGUAGCCAGCGUUGCGGCCCCACAGAGCUCUGGAUCUUUCUUUGCCGUGGAAUACACUAACAUGGUGUACACCGCCACAGACCCAAGCGGCAACUUCGAAAGCUGCUCUUUCUCUGUCACCGUCACAGGAACAAUUUAUCCAGGAACGGAUGGCACCCGACCAUCCUUCCUCAACUGGCCAAGCAACAUCAACGGGACCGUCCCCUUCGGUAGCAGCCCAACUACCGUCAGCUGGACCGAGCCCAUUGGUUUUGCCAGCGUUGCGGCCCCACAGAGCUCUGGAUCUUUCUUUGCCGUGGAAUACACUAACAUGGUGUACACCGCCACAGACCCAAGCGGCAACUUCGAAAGCUGCUCUUUCUCUGUCACCGUCACAGGAACGAUUUAUCCAGGAACGGAUGGCACCCGACCAUCCUUCCUCAACUGGCCAAGCAACAUCGACGGGACCGUCCCCUUCGGUAGCAGCUCAACUACCGUCAGCUGGACUGAGCCCAUUGGUGUAGCCAGCGUUGCAGCCCCACAGAGCUCUGGAUCUUUCUUUGUCGUGGAAUACACUAACAUGGUGUACACCGCCACAGACCCAAGAGGCAACUUUGAAAGCUGCUCGAACGGAUGGCACCCGACCAUCCUUCCUCAACUGGCCAAGUAACAUCGUUCACAACUGAGUUGGUGCCAACCCUUGUUCCAGCAACCCAUGUGCUCCCAGCGAACAGUGCUUUUACAUCCCGUCCUGAUACCUGU